UUUUACCAUGUUGUGAAUCCAACAUGGCGGCUAACAAUUGUGCGCGAGCGACAAGAAGACAUGGCUGAGGCAGAUUCGCUGCCUCCAGUGCGAUACUGGGGGCUGGAUCCACUUUUUUGGAUCCACAGAAAGAUGUUUAUUGUGGAGAUUUUGAAGCUUACAGAGAUAUCUGAAUAUAAAGGAUUUUAUGCAAUAAACAGACACCCUUUUUCUCGGGUCGAGAUUGUGGGAUACGUUAUCAGUUUGCACGAAAGAGAACGACUUAUUACUUAUGGAGUGGAUGAUGGCUCAGGGUCUAUUGACUGCUGUCAGUGGCAAAAAGACGACCCAGAUGAAGACAGAAUCACGUUAGAGCUUGGAGAACUCAUCUGUGUUCAGGGAAAAAUCACAGCUUUUCGUGAAAAACGUCAGAUCACAGUAGAUUUUAUUUACCCUCUAGAGGAUAAAAAUUCAGAAGUACUUUUCUGGUUAGAUGUGCUACAUCUCCGUAAAACAGUCUACAGUAAACCCUUUAAUCCCUCUGGGGAGUUGAAUAGCUCUGAGGGAUCAUUGCCCACCCUCAAAGACCUCGCCCAGCAUAUAAGGGGACUUUUGAAGGAUGGGAAUAUUGGAUUUAGAAGUAUCUGUUCUCAGAAGAAAGUUCAGGAAUUAGCAGAAUUGGUUCAAGUCACUGGAGAUGGGACAAAGGUUGACUCAAACUCAACUGCUACGACCAUCAGAAAAGCUUUAAGGCUCUUGGAAAAGGAUGGUGCGAUAUACCACAGAGAUGCCUCUGAUAACUAUGAGGUCAUAACUCAUUCAAAGCAUUUGGCUCCUGCCAUACUUAAUAUUGUACAGCAUUGCACUAAAGCAGAUUCCCCAGUCGAAGGGGUCCACUUCACAAGAAUACAAGACGGCGUUCGCUCGAGUCAUAAGUUUCGUCAUGUCACCCGGGAUCAGAUCAUGCAUUCCCUACAUCUGUUAGUCUGCGAUAGUGAACUAUUCCAGCCACAAGACAGGUUUUAUUGUUUGCUCACUUGACAAAACCCAGGUCAAGUCUGCGUAAUACCGUUUGGUUUAUUUUUAAUAUCGGAAACUUUGGAAAAUGUGAAUAUUUUGGAAAAAUAUAAAUAUGUAAAUGUACAAAAUCGACCUAAUAGAUCGGCGUGUAUAGAUCAACCUUUUCUUAGAUUUCCUUUAUUUGGCGUAGCGUUUUAGGAGCACCUGGUUGCCGAGCGAAUAUCGAAAGAUUAACGCGAAUGUGUCACGAGUGUGAGCCGAGAUCCCGGGUAAAAUGUUCGGUUUCCCCGACUCUUCGCCGAGCGCAGAAUGUUAUUUGAUGUAGACACAAACGCGCAUCGUGCAUCAAGACUUCUAAUGGAAAGUGGGUUUACGCGUUGCUACUAAUAAUGACUAUAGUCAUUACAUGCGAUUAUAUUGAUAAUUGCGCAACAUAAUUACAAUAAAUUAUUAUGAUUACUGUAUGCUUGUUACUCUAGUUUUAUUCGUUCGGUAGUCUACGUAUCUCCUGGCUUUGUUGGGUUUCAGGGCAGGUUUUGCUAGUUUUUGUAUAUCCACGGGAGAGCUAGCGCAAUUGUAAGGGGCGCCCCGAGCGAGGUCAUGGGCGGGCCGGAAAAAACAAACGGGAAAAAUCGCCCGCCACCGACCCCAUGACAAUCUGAGUCGCCGGGUGUGAAGUCUCCCCUUGCAGCCGUUCUGGACUCGUCGCGCUAGACGGCGCUCAAAUCCCAGUUACUGGACUAGUUACUAGACUACCGUGUGUGGCGAGCGCGUGUUCAAUGUCAAAAGGCUAUCGAAUCGUUGUGUUUUCGCGAAUAAAAAAAAACUGCUCUGAAACACAACAAAUUAAAACCGCCAGCUACGCAGACUAUCCGUUCGACUACCUUAACAGCAGGUAGACCAAAGCAAGUGCUUUGUCAUGCCUUUGAAACUCCAACUUUUAAUUCCCAAUCUGGUAAAGAUGUCAAAGAUUGAAAAAAUAUUAUAUAACAGUAAGAAAACUAUGGCGAAUGUUGUAAAAAAAAAAGACAAAAUCACGCUCAAGAGAGAUUUGAUAGCUUUUGAUAUUUUAUUGUAGAGACAACUGAUUUUGUAAGAAGGAUAAAUAAAAAUGCCGCUUUAAAUGUAAA